UAUUCUACCAUCUUUUAAAAAAAAAAAAAAAAAGUCAUUCACCAUGUCAGUAGAAAUGCAACAGAGGAUCUGUAUAGGUCCCAAAGUAUCACAGAACUCAGAGAAUCCUAUCAGCAUACUCCUCCCAAAUCCUAGUUCCGGGCUUCCAUCUCGAUACAUCAUUCAAGAAGGUCGGCUCUUUGAAAUGCAAGUAGUUGAUACGGAAGGCUUACGGUCAUGGUUUGUUGGAGAUACAGUUCAAUCAGAUGGAUCAUUAUACAUUACCACACCAAUCGACCCUGUCUUCAUGUUCAUCCCCAUUCUAGAUAUAAUGCGUCAAAAAACCAUUGAUUCGGAAGGUCGAUUUUUGACCAUUGAUACCAUUUUUGAAAGCGAUCAGUAUACUUCUUUAAGACACCUUUCACAACUUCACAAAAUUGAGCUCUCUCUGGCUUUGGUCUGUGAAGUACGCGGAUCAAGCAUAAUGAAGACAUUUAGAUUAGAUGAUGAUAAGACUAUGAAAUGGUUGAAACAGAAAGUAGAAUUAAUAGUCAACAAGUUUGAAUCUGUCCCUGCCUUGGUCGAAUCAAUUGCCUAUACAGAAUCAUUGCCUGAAGUUUGCAGAAAAGAGGCUAUUGUACAGUCUGCCCUGAGACUUGUAUCCGCAUACUUGUCAGACAGCUGGGACGCCAAAUUAGCUGCUGAAUAUCAAUUUCCUGAACUUGAUAAAAUGCAGAGUAGGACUCAGCUACUAUCGAUUUCCGACUUUGGCAAGCGAUCUGGAAUGGAUUUAGAUGAAGACUUUAAAGCAGACAAGGAGAUAAAAAAGCCGAAAAUGUCUGUUGGACAGAAAAAAUUGGCCAAGGCUAGCGCAGGAAUGAAACCCAUCUCCAGUUUCUUUGCCAAGAAAACCGCGUAGAGCAUUUAUAAAAUAGAUUCCCAUUGUUCGUGGCGAGGGGUUUGCUGACUUGCUAGUUUGGUUUCGUCUGUGUACAAUACAAAUGCUGUCGAGUUUUUAUUGCAAUGAAUCAACUAAAUGUUCAUAUCAUGAUGAUGAAUGACGGAACUUUUAGGAAAUGUCAAACAAACUACCUCGUGAUU